AUGGGCUGGUUUUGGGCAGACACUCCCAAAUCGUCUCCUGCAGUCGUCGCACCAUCGAGUGCAUCACCUCCGCCAUCAUGUCCUAUGCACAAACCCUCGGAAUCAAACGCUGCGCCAUUCCCUCCUAGACAAGAUGCUCCUCAAUCCAUACCCUCCUCUUGUCCCGUCAGCCGGGACCCGAAGCAUCACCCACUCCUCAAGUCCCAAUCUCAGUCCUCGCCAUCCGUAACCGAAACGCAGCAUACAUCUUCUUCCACCUCCUCGACGUUGUCCAAACUCAAUCCUUUAAAUUUCAUGCCAUCACUCAGCAACGCCCGUCCGACAGAUUCGCCCCAGUCCAUCUCUCUCCCGCUCGACCGCGAAACCUCCACUAUCCCACGUGCCGAUAAUGACGAAAACUGGGAAUAUCCAUCACCUCAGCAGAUGUAUAAUGCCAUGCUCCGCAAGGGCUAUACAGACACCCCGGCCGAACACGUCGAGUCCAUGGUCGCCGUGCACAACUUCCUAAACGAAGGCGCCUGGCGUGAAAUCGAAGAUUGGGAACGGAUCUUCGCCCCCGGGCUCAGCCACGCAUGGGAGAUUUGUUCGAGAGGUGAAAAGGGCAUUGCGUUUGAAAGAGCAAAGCAGGAAUUCCUCGCCGCCCGCCGCGAAGCCCUAGGUCUCCCGCCAAGCCAGGAAGAAGAACAAUUCAAACCUAAGCUCGUCCGCUUCCAGGGGCGGCCGAAAGAGCCCUCACCCAAGGCCCGGAUGCUUGGGCUGAUGGGUAUGAUCAUGCCGGAGAAGUUUGGCGGUGAACCACCUUUUGACCGGCACGAUUGGUACGUGGCAAGAAGGAACCCGGACGGAACCGUCACCGAGGUUCGGUACGUGAUCGACUACUACAGCGGAGGCGUGCAAGCGACGGGCGAACCGGUCUUCUAUCUCGAUAUCAGACCCGCUCUGGACACACCGACUGCAGCGGUUGAGAGAGCCAUGCGGUGGGGUGGUGAUGUAUGGCACCGUGCCACCGGCGCUUCAGUCAGAGAAGCUGCGAAACGGGAUGCUGAAAACAACGGACGGUGA